CGGGUCUCCUGGUGUCAUGUGACCUGUCAGAAAGCCAGCGCGAUGGAGAAAAGCUAAGCAAGAAAAAAACAAUCAAAAUACAACAAUCAGUGUACCCGAACCACUAGGGAAAUAAAACGUUUCACAAACCCGUCGAACUCUACAGAAUCAAAGAGGACAAGAAUCAAACGUUACAACACGGGUAGACGAGGCAGAACGUAGUGAGAGAUUUGCCCUGGCAGCGGCUUCCUCCGUCUCCAGAGUGCUUGUGGAAUGGCCGCAGUUUGGCAGCAGGUGUUGGCCGUGGACGCAAGGUACAAUGCUUACCGCACGCCUACGUUCCCACAGUUCCGCACGCAGUACAUCCGCCGGCGCAGCCAGCUGCUCAGAGAGAACGCCAAGUGUGGCUUUGAGCCAGGGCUGCGCAGGCAGUACCUGAGGCUGCGCAGUCAGCUGCUGGCCCUGCGGUACGGGCCCCUAUCUGAACAGAGCAGCUUCAGGGCCAGCAGUGUGCGCAGCUCGCGCACCACACUGGACCGCAUGGAGGACUUUGAGGAAGACCCCCGUGCCCAGGGGGCUCGUGGUCACCGUCGGUCUGUCAGCAGAGGCUCCUAUCAGCUCCAGGCCCAGAUGAACAGGGCCGUCUACGAUGAGAGGCCUCCGGGCAGUUUGGUACCCACCUCUGUGGCAGAAGCUAGCCGUGCCAUGGCUGGGGACACUACUUUGAGUGAAAAUUAUGCUUUCGCUGGCAUGCACCACAUAUUUGAUCAACAUGUGGACUCUGCCGUUCCUCGGUUGCAAUUUGCCAACGACGACAAGCACCUUCUCGCCUGCUGCUCAUUGGACGGUACUCUGUCCAUCAUGACUCUAUCCCCGCCUCCACCCAGUGUGAAGGUGACCCUGAAAGGCCAUGGAGGUCCUGUCACAGACUUUGCUUGGUCACUCAGCAAUGAUAUCAUCGUGUCUACAUCACUGGAUGGGACUCUGCGCAUCUGGAAUACAGAGGAUGGGCGUUGCAUCCGUGAGGUCAGAGACCCAGAGUCUAGCGAGCUGCUCUGCUGCACCUUCCAACCCAUGAAUAACAACCUUACUGUGGUGGGAAACAGCAAGCACCAUCUGCAGGUGGUAAACAUCUCCACGGGGAAGAAGGUGAAAGGGGGCUCCAGUAAGCUGACGGGCCGGGUGCUGUCUCUCUCCUUUGAUGCUCCGGGGAGGAUCCUGUGGGCCGGGGACGACAGGGGGAGCAUUUUCUCCUUUCUGUUUGACAUGGCAACAGGGAAGCUGACCAAAGCCAAGCGUCUUGUGGUGAGUGAAGGCAGCUCCAUCUGCAGCAUAUCUGCGCGGUCCUGGAUUAGCCGAGAGGCCAGGGACCCCUCCCUGCUGGUCAACGCCUGUGUCAACAAGUUGCUGUUGUACAGGGUGGUGGAUAAUGAAGGCACAUUGCAACUGAAGAGAAGCUUCCCGAUUCAGCAUGGCUCCCAGCACGUCCACAGCAUCUUCUGCCCUCUCAUGUCUUUUAGACAGGGGGCGUGUGUGGUGACCGGCAGUGAGGACGCCUGUGUCUAUUUCUUUGACGUGGAGCGCAACACGAAGGCCAUCGUGAACAAGCUGCAGGGCCACGGCGGACCCGUGCUGGACGUCAGUUUCAACUGCGAUGAGAGUUUGCUGGCGUCUGCCGAUUCCACCGGCAUGGUCAUCAUCUGGAGGCGGGAGCAGAAGUGACUGACCCGCCGGUCAGACACGUCCGUGCACUGCACGCCAGAAAGACUGCUGCUUUGGUGUCCAUCCAGACAGGUCCGCUGGCUUUCCUCACACGUCACAGGCGACGGCCGACACAGAGCACGUGCGGUGAGGUAGAGCAUCAGUCGAGGAGGGUUUUUUAGACAUUUUAACAGGCGGGCCGGGAAUACGCCGCACUACAGCAUCUCAGAAAUCGCUUUCCCACUUUAAAAGAUGGAGCGCCGCUCCCGUGCAUGUGUCAGGGCUUAUGUGGUGUCACGGAGGGCGUUACACGCAGUCCUCCAGAGAAAGCAGCUGCAGCACACGCCAUCGCAAGACACCGACCCCCCCCCCCCCCCCCAUAGAGCUCCUUAACUGUCACUGUACAUAUGAUGCCGUGUGAGUACGUGUAAUAGAGAACUCCAUGUUUCACUCCGUUUGGCUGUUGUCCACGUGCCUUCUUUGGCAACCAGUUGCGUUUAGUUUUGGUGGUGUGGUGUGGUGUGAUCUGCAUGGCGUUGAUACAGAACCAGUCGCUACUGGUGUGAUCUGCAUGGCGUUGAUACACAACCAGUCGAUACUGGCGUCUUACACUGACCAGCCAACAGGAAAAAAACAACCAUGUAUGGUUUUAAUUAUGUGUAUUUGUACAAGCUUGUUUGUGGGUGUAAUCUAUCUUAAGUCAUGCUGGUUGCGGAUUGAUAUAAUUUAUUAAAUGCACAAACCGAAUAAACAACGAACUGUAACUUC